AUGCCCAUCAAGAUUAACAUCAAGUCCUUGAAUGUUCAACACUCCAUCCUCAGCUCUCACCAUCUCCUUCAACCCUACUCCUCACCUCCAUUUCCCAUUCCCAGCCACUCACCUACGAGAAGAACCCUCUCUUUUUCCCUGCAUUUUGCCUCACCUCACUUCCUAGCUCAACCCGCGCACCCCACCACCGUCCUCUGUGCCCUCACCCAUUUCUUCUCCAUCCCGAGCCAAACCCCUCUCCCUGAUUCAAGUAGCUACAUCCUAGCAUCCCCUAACUUCACAUUUGGCCAAGCAGCUUCCGUGAGUACCCAUGACCACCUUCGCCUCAUGAACUUCUGGUGUCGAGCACUCCGUUUGGGUCACUGUGUCGUGCCUCCACCUUCACCACACCUCGCUCGCCUCACCCGCGAUCCCCUCCAUCGGGAGCCACUGCACUACCUCGACGGCCUCCUCCCUAAUCCCUUGAUAGAUAUAUUUUUACUCAUUCUUUUAUGUUUGGCUUAUAUUGAAAAUGGUUUUGGCCGAGCGAGGUGGUCGGAUGGGUUAAAUGUUGAACAGGCCAAG